UUAGUAGCCGUUGUAUUAUAAUAACUCGACAUUGAUAUUCAGGAUUAAUGGACUCAAUCCAUUUUUAUAUGAUAGCAACGGGUUGUCGUCAAUUGUAGAUAUGGUGGACGAACGAGCCGAUGGGCAGCGACGCUUUCUUACCGUUGAACAGUGGGACUAUGUCAAAAAUCUAUUCAGUCAUUUGAAGAUCGCUCCUCCGAACAAAGUCGAAUCUGCUGUGGACAUUUGGAAAAUAGUCUAUAAAACAUGCGAGGCAAUUGGAUCGGUAAAGGUUGGAGAACAGUAUUUGUUUAAAAUGAGACAACGAGAGGAUAGUAGUGAAGAAUCAAGAUUGAUAUGCAAAGCCAUGGAACAUAUGUUAGAAUUAGUCGAAACGAAACAAGAUAUAUUAUGCCAAAGAGGAAGCAAAUAUACGGAAAAUGACUAUCUUCGCAUCGUAUGGUCACCUAUUCUUGAACGCAUAUUCUCCUCCCCAUUACGGCUGAUAAGCGGCGAAAGUAUUUUUAAAUACACAACCAAGCAAAAACAGCAGUUAUAUGAUGAAUCCAAUGACGUGAAGGGCUUCAAAAUUGAUAUCAGAUAUGUUGUGGAUAAAAAUGGCAAAACGUAUGAUUUGGGCGCAGCUGAGUUGGGUAAAGAUGGUGCAAGUUGCAAGAUAAUACAAGACGAAGGAAAGCUUACACGGGAAGGCAAAGAUGUCGUCGAUUCCUUGUUGAAAACGUUACACGAAAGCAACCAUCGUCAUGUUUUAUCUUGGAUUAUUCAAAUUGACGCAUGUGAAGCUGAAAUUUCAACGUUGCACAUUGUUGGUAAUGGAGUAUAUGUUGCGUAUCCUCAGUUUAAAUUUGAACUGCCCACCACCCUUGAUAAUCUUUCCAAGUUUGAACAAGCGUUACAAGCAUUUCUUACUAUCAAAGAACACAUGAUGAUGAUCCAAAGUCGUCUUUCCACUGAACAACAACGGGAAGGGGUGAUCAGCCAAACAUUCAACCGUUCUAAUCAAGUAAAAUCGGAUGAUAUCAGCACAUGGACCCGCGCGACUUGGUACACCCCACCAAAACCAUCAAAAUCAAGGGUGCCUGUGCCAUUAUUCGGUCAAAAAAGCAAGUUCAACUUUGCAGAACGCCUACUAGUGGCUCGAAAUCAGGACCUUAUAGAAAGUGAAGAAGAAAAAGAGAACGUGGACAUGUUUGGCUGGACUAAACGGAAUGGCAAGUUUUACAAUAUCCAUACCCAAAAGUAUGCGGACGAACACCCACUUGAUAAAGAAAGCCAAGUUAUUUUGUAAUAAUUCGAUCUUUUCAAAAACACACAUAAACAUCAUCUAGCAUCAUUAUAUCAUCAUUAUAUCCAUCCCUUUCUUUUUCUUAUUUCAUCACUAAAACCUUUUAGUAAAAGCCUAAAAAGCUUCAUCUUUUAUUACUUCACUAUUUUUUCUAUUACUUAUUCUGUUAUAACAAAUGAUGGAACAACUGCAUU